AAAACUCUCAGCUCUGCCCACCCCUCCCCCUUCCUUCAGCUGUUCAGCUGUCCACUGAGAGCGUCUCCUGGCCCCCAUUUAUUCGCUGACAUCUGCAUUUUCUCCUCCUCCUUCUUCUUCUUCUUCUUCUUCUUCCUGUGUUCUCCUCGGUCGAGCUGCGCACUUUAGAAUUCUUUUAAUUUUCACUUGUUGAGCUCUUGUGACUAUCGUCUCCCCGUUCGAACAAGAACAAGAUCCAACCAAUGAAGAAACUUGUGGUCUGCUGCGAUGGUACGCUGCUUUGCUUACUUCUACGCUCGCUACGCUACUUCUCAUUCUGUCCAAGUGAUUUUGUUCUGCCCAUGUCAUGUGCUCUAUGUUCCGCCUUAGCCUCCGUGCUUGCUGCGGAGGACGAAUCCUUUCGCAAAUCUUGCGGUAUUGAUACAUAGCACAGGAACAUGGAUGGACGCAGACAAUGAGAAAGAUCCUGUUCUGCAGCCGCCGACAAAUGUGACGCGUAUCUGUCGCAGUAUUUCGCGCGUGGAUACCAACGGCAACAACCAGAUUGCUUACUACCAAAGCGGUAUUGGCACAGAUGACAUAUAUGACAGCAUCGUUGGCGGCGCCACGGGCAUGGGCCUCGGUGAGCAUAUUCGAGAGGCUUACCACUUCCUGGCGCAGAACUACGACCAGAAGGCGGCGGACGAGAUUUACCUCGUGGGCUUCUCCCGAGGAUCUUUCACUGCUCGCAGCAUUGCUGCUUUCAUUGACGCAGUCGGCCUGCUCACCCAAAAGGGCAUGUUGUACUUCUACCCAAUCUUUCAAGACUGGGAGAAUCAACUAAAGCCGCUGAAGGACUGGAAGCCCAAUCCCAAUUAUCCAUGGCAAGGUCAACGACCAAACUUGUACAGCAACGCGGCAGAGUAUACGAAUGAGCUGUUCAAGCGAGGCAUGACCCGCAAGGAUGUGCGUAUCAAGGCUGUGGCUUGUUAUGACACAGUAGGCUCUCUGGGUAUCCCCAGGAUCGGUAUUUUCUCGUCAGGUGUACCUCCUGAGAUCAGCCUAGACUAUGCUUUUGUGGACACCACCGUCCCGGACAAAGUCGAACAUGCCAUCCACGCACUGGCACUGGACGAGAUGCGCAAGCCCUUCUCGCCAACGAUUUGGGAGCUCCCCAAUCCAAAAGAAGGUCAAACACUCACUCAGGUCUGGUUCCAGGGCGCGCACGCCGACGUAGGCGGCGGAUACGACGACCUGCGCCCUGGUGACAUCACCCUUGCCUGGAUGGUCAGUCAGCUGUCCCCCUACCUCACGUUUGACCUUGAGGUUCUGAAGCUGCAAUUACAUGAUCCAACCGUGCCUGCGGCCAAAGACCCGCGCUCGUGGGGACUGGGGCAGAUCCAUGACGAGUUCAAGGGCAAGAUGAAGCUCGGCGGCUGGUUGUACCGCACUCCGAUGGAGUAUCAUCCGUACGACCAUAACACAGGCAAGGAAAUCACGAGCCGCAAGCUCGUGAACACGUGCGAGAAGGUUCACUCAAGCGUGCGCAUCCGCAUGGGCGUGCCGGGCCUGGGUCUCGAAGACAAAGGCACGUACAACCCGCCCGCCCUGGAAGGAUGGAAGCUGUCUGGAACGUCUGCUCCUGCGCCGGGCAGACCACCUCUCUCGCUCCAACAAAUCUUGGAAGGGCAGAAGAGCAUCGUGUGGAAGAAGGACGACCUGGUCAUGCAAGAGGAGCCUCUCUCCCAGCUGGAGCUGGACCUGCUCAAUCAGUACGUGCCCAAACUUGAGCCGGACUUCUUGAGCAUCAAACCCAAGGAGCACAAGUUGACGAGUGCUUUUCGAGGCCUGGAAAAGGACGUGCAGAAGUGGCUUCCGAACAUAUAGCCGCGUCGUUUCUCGGGCAAGAGCGAGACUGGUGGUACAAGAAUACGGGGCACUGGAAGAAUUGGAAUUCCGAAGGUGCGAGUGAGAUGUGCAAAAAGUUCAGUCUUCUCGCGGCGUAGCAGAUUGGUUAAGAGGACGGUGAAAAAUUAUACUUCAAGAAAUCCUU